CCGCCCCCUACCAAUCCUGCGGCCAUGGUUGCGCUCAAGGGCAUCCCGAAGGUGCUGUCCCCUGAGCUGUUGUUCGCGCUUGCGCGGAUGGGGCAUGGAGACGAAAUUGUCCUUGCUGAUGCGAACUUCCCUACCUCCUCCAUCUGCCAGUGCGGACCUGUGGAGAUCCGAGCAGACGGCCUGGACAUCCCACAGCUCCUGGAGGCUGUGCUGAGGCUCCUGCCCCUGGACACCUAUGUGGAAAGCCCGGCUGCUGUCAUGGACCUGGUGCCCAGUGACAAGGAGAAGGGCCUGCAGACCCCAAUAUGGAAACAUUAUGAAUCCCUUCUUCUCAAAGCUGACUGUAAAAAAGCCCUGAUGAAGAUAGAGAGAUUUGAAUUUUAUGAACGUGCAAAAAAGGCAUUUGCUGUGGUUGCAACCGGGGAGAUGGCACUCUAUGGAAACAUCAUCCUCAAGAAGGGAACUCUUGACCUCGGACCCUCGUAGAGACCACUCCAGGCUGACCCCAAUCAGCACACCUUCCCUUGGCAGCAACCAGACCUGGACAUCAGCCUCGGGCUCAAGAAGAUGGCAGAUCUUUUUUUUUUUUUUUUUUUUUUGGUUUUUCGA